AGUACUAUACCUUAUCCAUUAUGUCUUACAACAGAUAUCUUGUUAUAUGUUACCCUCUACAGUAUAACACAAAUAUGACAUAUAAAAAGGUUGCCACCGUCGUUGUUCUGACAUGGCUAUUUGGUUUUCUUCAAGUCAGCAUUUUGAUAUCAUUGAGUGCCCCUUUAAAGCUGUGUGGGAACAUCAUAAACAAAGUUUACUGUGACAACUACACCAUUGUCAAACUGGCCUGUUUUGACACAACAACAAAUAAUGUUUAUGGACUUCUUAUCACUUUUAUCACAGUGUAUGGACCUACGAUACUAAUCCUUUACACGUACAUCAGGAUCCUUAAAAUGUUUUUUUCUGGCUUUACACAGACCAGACAGAAAGCUGUCAGUACCUGCUCACCUCACCUUGUUACUCUGCUGACCUUUUCUGUUGGGGCUUUCUUUGAAGUUGUACAGAACAGGUUUAAUAUGAACAGUUUACCCAACAUGUUGCACAUUUUUUUAUCAUUAGACUGGCUUACAUGCCAGCCACUCAUCAACCCUGUACUCUACGGACUAAAAGUGACCAAAAUCUGCAUCAUAUUGUGGUCCACAUGA